UAUUCAGUAUUUGUAUAUACGUCGCCCUGGACACAAAUACCAAAUACCGCCCCUUAAGAUACAUAUUUUUUAUUUUCGAAUUCGUACUAAACUUCCUGGUUUCUUUAAUUAUGAAACUCUGCAUUGUACUAAUAAUAAGGAGUCAUGAAUUGAAAUCUUCAUGAAUGAAAUUCACGUACUUGUAUUAAAUGAAGCAUCUGUCGAUCAUUUUGCAAUGCUUGGCUCGAUUCUAAUCAUUUCGACGAAAGUAUAUAUUAUGUCUUGCAGCUUAUCUGUUGAUGGCCGAGUUACUAAACACGUGCGCAAAAUAAUAGCCUUCUACAAUAUGCAAAAUACUAGGAAGAAUAUGAAAACGUAGCUAAAAUUAUUCAUUUCCGUUAGUCUAUGAAUAAAUUGAUUUAUCAAUUGUAUUCAUAGUAAGUGUAUGCACAUGCAUUUGUUAUUAAUUAAAUCUGUCUCAGCGAAGAAUGUGAAUUUGAUAAAAUAACGCUAUAAGUAUGUCCGGUUUUUAUAAUUCCUAGAACGAUUAAGUUGUACGCGUGAUCUGUCAUAUAAGAAAUGCUACUUAUUAUUACUCAUUCUUAAACGAUUCACGUUACAUUUAAUUUCACUGAUCUAGACGUCUAUAUGUAAUCACGCAUACAUAUUUAUGGCUCUUGUAUAGAUUUGCACUUUGCCGCGGUAUAAAAGUACGUGUGUAUGGAAAUGAUACAUAUAGGUAUAUAAGACGUACGUAUCGCAUACUGGUUUACGCAUUGCGUUUGCAUCAGCUGUCUGUGGUUAUUAAACGCAGCAGUUUUAUCGCUGCACGAGAGGCGAAGGAGGAGAGUUUAUAUAGUUAUGUAAGAUAACGAGGGGUGAACGAAACAACGGAGCCGGAGGAACAAGAAAAUUGCAUAGUAUCUGCAAAAUUUCAGUUGUUUCAUAGGCUAAUUGCCAGACUAGCGAACCGUCGAACUCAGUUCUGAACGUUGCCGUACGCGACGGCCUAACAUUUCAGUGACGUACUCCGUGGAUUCCUGCGAUCGUACGCGGUACGAUGACGAGUGUUCGAUAGUGUUUGAAUGUUAAUUUUGUACGUGAGAACCGUCCUGUUUAGCAAGCGUCAGAUGUAGCCAGAGUUUAAAGUGACAUCAAUUAUCGCGGAGUCUUGUGAUCAGACGAUAUUUAGAGUGUUCUGUGAUAAUUUUAUCAGCACCGGUGGCAACAAAGAGAAUGUCUAACAGCAAGACUGAAGUCGAUCCUUUCAGCGAAACAUCAUUAGAAUUCCAAAGCUGCGAAGAACCAAGUUUAAAGGAAGAAACGCAGGAGCCGACGUGUGCUGAACCUCUGACAGCUGAGCAAAUAAGAUGGUUUUAUAAAGACGGCGUAGACAAAAGAUGGGUAGAAUUCUGUGGAUACGAUAGCUUAAGGAUUGAGAGUGCAUGGCGAAAUUAUGAACAUUUACUUAGCAAAAGUAACGAUGCUACCUUCGACCCACCCCCCAUAGAGAAAAUAGUUGUUAGAGGAGGGAUGUAUGACGUGGAGCUAGAUAAAAUGAAGUGCGUUUCUAUAUAUUGUCAAGGUAUAUAAAAUUCAUUUAAUUUAAAUCGUUUUAUUAAGUGUAAUUAAAUUAGAAUUAGUUCAGUCGAUUGGAACCGAGAAAUUUCUUUGUUUCCACAGCUAUUUUCUUAUGAACAUCUGCAUUGCUAUGUCUGCCAUAAAGAUUGAUUCAUCCUUGAAUUCAUUGUAGCCAAUUCCCUU